AUGCCGGCCCCAUACUCCGACAACCUGUACUCCGGGCACGACAACCCCUGGGAGGAUGAGCAGCAGCACGACGACAGCAGUGCGCUGUCGCCCGCCGACGGCUACUUCCACGCGUCGUCGUCUGGGCUAGACGAGGCCGCAACGUCAUCGCAGCCCUCCCCGGCGCGCCAGUCGUCCAGCGUGCCCUUUGUGCCCAAUGUCAUGGUGGAGGACCCGACGCUGCAGGAGGACCGCGCCGCCGCAAAGGCGAGAGAGGCCGCGGAGGAGAGCCGCAUAAAUAGAGCUGCUGCCGGCGGCUCGACUCCCUUUGACGACCGCCAGCCGCAUCACCACCCUUCAGUGGCUCACGAGGCCAGCUUCUACUCGCCCGCUCACCCUUCCCGUGCUCCUCCGCCUGCCUCCCCGGCUGCUGCAUAUCCCCAGUUCCAGCCUCAUCGCCACCUGGGCUCGUCGUCGGCCUCAGCGUCGUCGUCAUCUGCCUCCCCCUCCGGCCACUAUCACCGGCGUAGCAUUGACGAAGAGGUUUCGUCGUUCCAGCCUGCGGGUUCUAUGGGCCAGCCUGCAAACCAGUACACGGUCCAUCGACAAACCGACGCACCUCCGGCAUACUCUCCUUCGGCCUCGUCACCGCCGCUGUCUUCUGGCUAUCAGACAUUUACGCCUCCACAAGCGGCUGCACAGUCCGAAGCCAUGGGCGUGCCUGAGGAGAACCAGAAUUUGCUUCCACGACAGCCUGAGUCUAUGGGUGGAGCGCCCAAUGGACCCCAAGAGACAUUGUGGCGAAGAUUCAAACGUAACACCAACACGAGAAAGAGGGUUCGCACCAUCCUUGGCGUCCUUGUUAUACUUUCCAUUGUAAUUGCGUUGUUUGGCGGCAGCAUUGGCGUGCGCGACAACGACAGGAAGAAGCCUGGCAUCAUUGACAAGUCACCUGUGAAAGCGCCCCCAACUAACAACCCUCCCCCCAACAUGGUGUGGCCUCCUAGCAACAACUGCUUGGGUGGGCCCUUCAAGGACUCAAAGAUCAACGAGGUUGUCAGCUUCGGUAGCAGCAAAAAGCUUAGCAUUAUCCAAACCAUCGAGAAAGACGGCAGAAACCGCCGGGGGCCCACGCCAAACGUCUAUGGCGAGGUCAUCUUACAGCCUGUUGAUACCUCCUCUUCCGGACAGAUUCAGCUUGAAAUCGUCACCAACGACGAAGAUCUGCAUGUCGAUGUCGACUUCAACAAGCGAGACCAACAGUUCAAGGUGACUGUUCCCCGCUGGGUCGACUGGAGGGAGCCCAGCUGGCGGCCCUGCAUCCAGAUUAGAAUCACCGUCUCUGUCCCUCGUGAGGCUCAGCUCGAAUCGCUUCACGUUGAGACUGUUCAACUCAACGUCGCUAUCAAAGAUGGCUUCGUCCUUAGCUCUGUUACCGAUGCUCAGAUCAAGACUGUUACAGGAGAUGUGGUUACGGGCCGCUUGUCGUCGGGCGAUGUGGCACCGUACACUUUGGCCUCUCGGAGCAUCAUCAUUGAUACCGUCAGCGGCGAUGUUAUCGGCUGGUUCCCUCUAUACGACCUCGUCAAGAUCCACAGCGUUUCUGGCGAUAUCAAGACGGAUCUUACUCCAAAGCCGUCACAGGAUAAGAAGCCUGAACAGGCCGUGCUCAAUGUCGAGUCUGUUUCCGGAGAUAUCAAGCUAGUUGAGCCUUUGCUCAGCAACAAGCGCGAUGACGAAUUCCCUCCGCGAGACUACGUCGUUGGCGUGUCCUCGUCUUCUGGCGACAUUACCGCUGAGCUGGCUUUUACAUCAAAAGCAAAGAUUGAGACCAUCUCUGGCCACCAAAAGUUGAAGCUGCUGCCCCUCUUUGGAUCUAGUUCGUCCCAGCCUAUCCUUUCGACCGACACAAAGAGUGGAGAGACUACGUUGACGCUGCUGGAGCCAUUGUGGAAGGAGCCUGCAGCCGGUUACCUCGACCACAUGACGCCGUCAAAGGACAAGAACUCAAAGUUGGAUAACUACGACGAACCUUGGAUCAUUAUCCACCCCGACCAGCAACUGAACAAGCUUCCGGGCCAGAAACGUGCACCCACUAUGAAUGCCAGCGGUGGAGGUGAUGGGUUGACCCGUCUCAAGUCUCACCACGCAUCCAUUAGCGGCGAUUUCAGGCUCAACUACCCUGUUUCAUGGGAAGGAAAGUUUCUCUUGACGUCUCUUUCAGGCUCCCAGGACAUUCGAGGCGAUGAUUUGCACUUUAAACGAUCUGGAGGUAUCAUUAAGCGCAUUGAGGGAACCAAGGGCGAUGGCAAAUCUGACCUGACCAUUGAUUCUAUGUCUGGCCGCGAGGAGCUGGUAUUUGCAAAUGCUUGA